AUGGCCGUACAGUUGGUAUCAGGCUUCUCGUCCAACAAUCUGCCAUCCAGCUCACCCAAGGGACACGAGAGUCUUCUGACAGAGUCGUCACGCAAAUCCCUUCGCACAACUGGCAAUGGAGCUCGCAGCCGCGCGGCAUCCACUGUGACGGCAACAGCACAAGAGGGAGAGGAGACUGUUGACGAUCCUGCAGAAGUCCUGAUGAUCUCUGCAGAGCAGAAAAGGUACAGAGAUAUCGGAAUCCAGGCAGAGAACUUCUUUGCCAACUGUGGCGUGCAAACAGAUGCUUCUUGGGCGGAAAUCUCCCUGGAAAAGCUCAGGGAGAAGAAAAAGAAGAAAAAGUCAGUCACUACCAAAGAGGAAUCAGUCAAGCAGCAGUCUGCGCGCGCCGCGAACCUGACCCCGAUGGACAAGCUGAAAGAGAAGGCUACUGCUGCAGCUAUGAAAAGGCAGUACAAUGUGCAAGAUUACUACCGAGACGAUGGCUGCGCGCAGCGCGUUGCGAGACAUCCUUUCUUUGACAAUUUGACGAUUUUCAUCGUCAUGUUGAACUCCAUUUGGCUCGGCGUCGAUGCGGAUCUGAAUCCUGAGACAGUCCUUUGGGAUGCACAUCCUGCGUUCAUUGUUGCUGAGAACUUCUUUUGCUUGUAUUUCACCGUGGAGAUCACCAUACGCUUCCUUGCCUUCCAGAGGAAGUACCAGGCUUUCAAAGAUUUCUGGUUUAACUUCGAUUUUGCGCUGGCAAUUCUCAUCAUAGUCGAGACAUGGAUUACCCCCCUGGUGCUAUUGAUGGCUGGCGGAUCGAGCACCCUGCCGGAGGGGUCCUCGUUAUUGCGUCUAAUCCGGCUGGUCAGGUUGGUCCGGCUGACACGGCUUACCCGACUGCUACGCUCCUUUCCCGAGCUCAUGAUUAUUGUAAAAGGCUUGGCAUUUGCUGCGAGAUCGGUUUGCGUGUUCUCCCUGCUUUGGGCAAUCAUCACCUAUGCUUUUGCCAUCCUUUUCAAGCAGCUCACAGAAGGGAGCACAGUGGGAACAACUCUUUUCCAAUCUGUGCCAGAGUCCUUGAACACUCUGCUGCUGCCUGCCGUGUUUGGGGCCAAUGCUGACAUUAUCAAUCAGAUCACAAAUGGAAAUCCCGGACUGUGGCCUCUCAUCGUUUUCUUCAUGGCAUUGGUCUCCGUGACUAUCAUGUACAUGCUGCUGGGUGUUUUGGUCGAUGUCAUUGGAGCAGUAGCCGCCACCGAAAAGCAGAAGAUCGAGAUUUCUUACAUCGUCGGCCAGUUGCGGGAAGAGCUGGAGAAGAUGUCAAUAGUGCCUGAGGAUAUGGCGCUAAACCAGCAAGAUUUCCAGAACCUGGUGAUGGAGCCUGGCGUGGUGCGUGUUAUGCAGGAUGCAGGCGUGAACGUAGAUGUAUUCGCGGACAUGCUGGACAUGGUAUGGGAUGACUCAUCGAAGACUUCUGGAAGCAUCACGUUCACAGACCUUGUAAACAUGGUUCUCAACAUGCGCGGUUCGAAUCCGGCCACAGUGAAGGACUGCAAAGAGCAGAUUCGGGUCACGAACUCGUUCAUGAAGCGCUGCUUCGUCGAGCUGUCUGAUGAGCUGGAUGAAAGGUUCGCACAAGUCCGCACAGAGAUCCAGAACAGCAUGGACGAUUACAACGAUGAUGAAGAUUUCACCGAAUCGCAAGGGCUGAAUUUCCAGAGCUAUGAGGUUGAAGUGGUCAACCUAGGACGACGAACGGAGGGAGCUGAUGAUGCUUCAGCCUCCAAGUAG